AAUGGUGCGCGACGGUGGCUACGCUCCAGAGAAGGAAUCCAAGCCUAAGAGACAAAUGACGCAAGACCGUGAGGACCAGUGUCAGCUGAAUGAGAAACAACGCAAAGCAGCUGAAAACGAUAUUGUCCAAUCUUGGGAGGCACGGCUACAGCUCAUCAGUGUGAUUACAACCUUCUUUGCGAGUCUAGAGGCACAACUGCUAGGUUCCGUUACACCAGCUCGGGAUCAGCCGACAACUCGUCUUCAAAUCGCUGCGUGCACCGUACUGGCCGGUGCAUUCACUGUCCAUUUGAGCGCAGCUAUCCUCGCCUUUCUUGCCUCGUUCUUGCUCAUAGGAUACCGCGUCAAGGAAGCCACUGAGGAAGAGUGGCAAGCAGAAGCAAGACCCUCCUUAGAGUCCGGGCGCUCGUCCAACAUGCUACGCGGAGGUCUCUGGACGACCAGUCCACACUUGGAGCAGUGCGGGCCUUUCCGCUCCGCCAGUGGCCCGCCGACGCAUCUCAUACAACACUGCCAUACUCUGUGCAUGUGGUUCUCCAUCAUAGGAUUCAUGCUUGCGCUAGCAGGGGGACUCUGCUACGCCUGGGCGCGCUUGCCACAGAGCGCUAGCAUCGUUGCUUCGGUUUCUCUGGGGAUAUGUUGGACUGCCGGCGCCGGCGCAGUGGCCUUGGUAUUGUAAAUCGUGGAAUAUGCUUACGAAUUUCAUGUCCGAGAAACGAUGCGACGAUCUUCAGUGC